AUGGUUUGCCCGCCCAGACGCCAAUACCGCAGCCCUUCAAAAAUAACAAUCGAAACCAAAACUCCCCCCCUCCUCCCUCUUUUUGGCCUAAUUCUCGCUUCCGCAGGUAAAUCCGCACAAUUCGGACUUCAUCCAUGACUUCCAGCUGCUAUAGAAGGUCCAACACCAGUUUCAGCCCUACUGCACUCUAGCGCUAUAGUUGUAGCUGGCAUCUUCCUUCUUAUCCGACUUCACCCUAUUUUACAAAAUAACAAAACAGCCUUAACUAUCUGCCUUUGCCUAGGAGCACUCACCACACUAUUUACAGCUCUUUGCGCUUUAACACAAAACGAUAUUAAAAAAAUUAUUGCCUUCUCAACCUCUAGUCAACUAGGACUCAUAAUAGUAACCAUUGGUCUAAACCAACCACAACUUGCCUUUCUUCACAUUUCAACACAUGCCUUUUUUAAAGCAAUACUAUUCUUAUGCUCUGGCGCAAUCAUUCAUAACCUUAACAACGAACAAGAUAUUCGAAAAAUAGGGGGAAUACAAAAAAUAUUGCCAACUACAGCUACCUGUCUAACUAUUGGCAACCUCGCUUUAACAGGAACCCCAUUUCUAUCAGGCUUCUACUCAAAAGAUACAAUUAUUGAAACCAUAAACAACUCUCACCUAAACGCCUGAGCCCUCAUCCUUACACUAUUUGCAACUAUAUUGACCGCUACCUAUACCAUACGAAUAACCUUCUACGUCCAAAUAAACACACCACGAACAACAACAUCACUAACAAAUGAUACACCACCAACCCUUUCUAAUCCUCUUAUUCGUCUUGCCAUUGGAAGCCUUGUAGUAGGCUUAAUCCUUAUAACCACCUUUCUUCCAACAAAACCUACUCCAGUCACAAUACCAACCUCUAUAAAAGUAACCGCUAUUAUUAUCGCCACCUUUGGAGCACUCUUCGCCCUCCAAAUUGCAAAAAAAACAACCUGACUUACAACCACAAAACGAUCAAAACACCACGAAUUUUCUAAUCAACUAGGCUUCUUUAACCCAACACUUCAUCGCAUCAUUCCACUAACCUCACUAUUUAUAGGACAAAACAUAGCCCUUCACAUCAACGAUCUCCUUUGAUUAGAAAAAUCAGGACCCAAAGGACUAGUUUCCUUAAACCUUCCUAGCAUUAAAGCCAACACACUAGCACAAAAAGGCCUAAUAAAAUUUUAUUUGUCCAUUUCUAUUAUCACCUCAGCAUGCUUUAUCACAAUCAUAUGAACCUAACUGCACGAAGACCCCCCCGCACUAACCCACGAGUUAACUCCAAUACAACAAAUAGUGCUAACAACAAUGCCCAUCCACAAAUCAAUAAACCCCACCCACCCAAACAAUAUAAUAA